AUGUCAAAACUUCCAACCCCGUCUUUCAUGAAUGAGCACCUUCGAGAUCUCUCACUCGGGACAAUGAAAGAUGUUGUGUGCGUCAAGACCGACUGGCCUCUUCACCGGGUCUUGCAAGUUUUCAUUGAUCAUCGUGUUUCUGCGCUUCCUGUCAUUGACGAGGCUGGAUGUAUGGUUGACAUCUACGCCAAAUUUGAUGUUAUCAACCUUGCGGCUACAAGAACCUAUCACAAUCUUGAAAUCCCCGUCAUCGAGGCCUUACAAUACCGCCGAGAGAAAUUCCUUGGUGUUGCAACCUGCUUUUUGGACGACACACUCAGCACAAUCAUUGAUAAAAUAGUAGACGCUGGAGUUCACCGGCUUGUAGUGAUUGACGAGGGUAAUCACGUCCUCGGUAUUGUCUCCCUCUCUGACAUCCUCCGUUUCCUCAUAAACGAAAAUCAGGAGGGUGAGCCCGAAGAGGAGUACAAUUCAAAUUUCACUCUCCAAUAG